CCUCCUUGGAUCUUUAAAAACGCGUUUUCAAAAACUCUUUUUACAGCGAUUUAUGUUGCGGGAUUCAGCAGCACGUGUUUUUAUUGCAGUUUUGUGUGCCUCGCUGUCUGCUCCUCCUGACUUGCUAAUUCAACGCUUCUUCCAGCAGAGUUUACUGUGUGAGACCGCAGGUCGAGAGGAUGACAGCACGAGCGUACUGCUCGUUGGGUGCGGUUUUAUUGUGUCUGUCUGCAUGUUGGAGCACAGCGGACACUGCAGUCGCAGUGUCCGGUCAGUGUCCGGCGAAGCUGAUGGUUGUGCCAUCCCUUAAAGGAUGUACUUCUGAUAGAGACUGCUCUGGAGGACACAAAUGCUGCCGAUUUGACUGUGGACCUGUGUGCGUGCCACCUGUUUUCACAAAGCCAGGAGAGUGUCCAAGUAAAAACUCUGGAGCAGUAAAGUGUGGCGACUUGUGUGCUUAUGACAGUGACUGUCCGAACAAUGAGAAAUGCUGCAGUAGUGGAUGUGGACAUCAGUGUAUGGCUCCAUGUACAGGGAUGCCUGCCGCCGAACCGCCCAAGCCUCCAGUGAAGCCCGCCGAACCACCCAAGCCUCCAGUAAAGCCCGCCGAACCGCCCAAGCCUCCAGUGAAGCCUGCCGAACCACAAAAGCCUGUUGAACCGCCCAAGCCUCCAGUGAAGCCCGCCGAACCGCCCAAGCCUCCAGUGAAGCCUGCCGAACCACAAAAGCCUGCUGAACUGCCCAAGCCUCCAGUGAAGCCUGCCGAACCACAAAGCCUGCUGAACCGCCCAAGCCUCCAGUGAAGCCCGCCGAACCGCCCAAGCCUCCAGUGAAGCCCGCCGAACCGCCCAAGCCUCCAGUGAAGCCUGCCGAACCGCCCAAGCCCGCCGAACCUCCCAAGCCUCCAGUGAAGCCCGCCGAACCACCCAAACCUGCCGCCGAACCACCCAAGCCUGCCGCCGAACUGCCCGAGCCUCCAGUGUAUGCUGAAAAUUGUCAAACUUGCGGCCGCGGGGAUGACGGCGGGCGCGGGCGCGGCCACGGGCACGAUGGCGGCCAUGGGCACGGGCACGGGCACGGCCGCGGCCGCGGGCACGAUGGCGACCGCGGGGACGACCGCGAGCACGGGCACGAUGGCGACCGCGGGGACGACCGCGAGCACGGGCACGAUGGCGACCGCGGGGACGACCGCGAGCACGGGCACGAUGGCGACCGCGGGGACGGGCACGGGGACGAUGGCGACCGUGGCCACGGGCACGAUGGUGAUCACAAGUCACGUGACCGUGGCAGCUGUGGUCAAGGAGGUCAAUGCAGUGGCUGUCAGUAGUGGUGAAAUCUUGGGUACUAGUUCUUAAAGAUCAAUUUAGUGCUUGAUUCAUGUUUUCCGUGUUUAUCACCAAAUAAAUCUUAUGUUUAGUGAA